AUGGUUGCGAAGCAUGGAAAGUUACAAAGAUCACCAUUCACAACACAAAAACUCCGCUUUGUGAACCACUGCCUUCGUCAAAUCCUUAAAAUAUUCUGGCCUGAGAGAAUCUCUAACCAUCAGCUAAGGGAAAUAUGCUAUGAGGAGCUAUGCAAGCAAGCCCUCGGCUGGAAUCCUCAAGGCAAAAGGAAACGUCCCCACUUAAAACACACCUGUUGGAAGAAGAAGAAGGAAGCUGGUAUGACAUGGAGUGAAAUUAAGAAAGCCGCCCAGGACCGAUGA